AAAAAACACCCAAUAAGUGUUCAGCUAAUGCUAAUCAAAGUCGUUAUCAUUGCGGUGACAUAGUGGUUAACGUACUCCGUUUUCUACCUUUCGGUUAAUUUCGUUUGAUCACCUGUGUAGUAUCACUAGCAUAAAACUGACUACAUUCAUCUGUAUUUGGUUUCUAAGUUAUGUUAAAUUUGGGUAUUAUAAGUUAUUAUUAUCAAGCCUAGAGAACAUCAAAUACAAUAGUUUCGGAAAUUAAUUGCAUCUCCGUAAUUCAAACAGAUGGAUUUUUCACUGUAUUAGAUUGUAUUUAAUCCAAUCAUCUUUGAGUUCGGCAAUGGAUUAACUGAGAUGAAAACCUGAUUUUAUGGUAUGGGGUUGUGAGAUUGUUGAAUUUAAUUAAAAUCAUGGACCGACCUAAAUUAGACCACCACUGAAAACCUGGGAGCACUUGACGACAGUUUCAUCCUAGUAUGGAACUUCCCAGCAGUGCAUGUUCACGGUUUCGCAAGUGGAAAUUAAACGCUUAACCUCUAGACCACUGAUCCGGCAUCCAACAGUAAUAAUGCCCCACUUCAAUUAAUCCACGACAUUGCCCAGUGGACUGUAGGUCCUAGGUUCGACCUCCGCGCGCGGGAUCGUGAAUGCUCACUGCUGAGGAGUCCCAUACAAUGACAGAACGGUCGCACAGUGCUCCCAAGUUUUUCAGUGGUGGUCUAAUUUAGUCCGGUUCAUGAUUUCAAUGAAAAACCUGUUUCGCUGCUAUUUACAAAUCAUAAGUCUCUGGAAUACUAAUCUGACACUAUUGCCAGUCAUAAACUUUGGUUGCUAUUUCAGGUUUUGAUCAAAAAAUUAAACUGGGAUUUUAUUAGUGCAGAAAAUGUUGCAACAUUCAUUUGGUGUUUUCAGUAAAUUAAACGGGUUUUUCAUUUAAAUGAAAAGUGAACAUUUUGUAUAUUAUUUACUCAGUGAAUUUCUUAUUGCGAUAUAAUCAGACGUUAGUAUACUUCUUUUGAUGUGUUAAAUUAGUUUCUUUCUGUUGGGGAGAUCCAAGGUUAUUCCUCGUACAAGUUCAGAGGGGCCCUGAAAACUGGCAAACGUUUUGCUCAAUCAGCGUUGAAUAGAAGUUCCUCAAAAACAUCUAGAAAGUAAAGAGUCAUGUGUAACAUUUCUGGUUGGAUAAUUACCUACUCCGAUUCUGUGCUUAAUAUGGUCUCAUAAACUUCCAGAAACCCGAUACCAUGUAAAAUAUUAUGAAUACCCUAGAUUUUCUCUACAUAAACUAACUUUGGAGUCAAGCGUUAUUUUCACACUUCGUUCCUUUUCUCUCGUGUUCAAGUUGUCAUGUAGGUUUAGCCUGGGGUUAUUAAAAGAGCUUGAGAAACCGAUUCAAAUGUUCAUUUAAAAGACUUAUCAUUUUUGUCUGACAAAACUUUUCGGGAUAACGAUAAUGAAGUUAAGAUUUCUAUUUAGUUUAUUGCCUGCAUUCUUCACUGAGCUCAUAAUCUUAUUAGUGCUAUCAGUUAUUGUGUUAUGAAAGACAUAUCUGUCAAAUAAUGCAUGGAGCUGGAGUUUAAUGGUUUAACUUCCAGCUACUCAUACCAAAGUACCUAAUAAAUGACUUAGUUUUUUUAAAAAUUUAAGUAAGGUAUACUUUUUUCAUUUUCUUUUUCUUUCAUACAGUCUUGUUCUGAAUUUACGCAUUUUACUCGUGGACAGUUUGCACGAUGGCAGCGUAUAUUCAAUAAUCAAAAUGAACGUUGUGCUUUACUUGAACAAAUGAUUGAACAAUUAGCUAAACAGUUACGUCAGUUAGAAUGUUUAACGAGACAAAAUAAUCCGCAAUCAACCUUAACACUUGGAUCAAGUGGUUAGUUUACAUUAAUUAUAUUAUUAUAUAUUUAUUAGAAAUGAUUUUUCAUAUCAUUUGAUUUAUUGUCAUUGUUCUUUUGAUUUCAAGUUAACCUGACGAUUGUACAAGUCUUUACCGAAAAAUAACUUGAAACACUUACUUAAUUAUCUAGUUAUCUCUCGUGGCGCAUAGGCCUCCGAUCAGGAGUCUUCAGCCAACUAUGCCCUGGAUUGUCCUUUCCAAUUGCUGUUAUACGUAUAAAUUGUAUCGAGUUUAGGUUUAUAUCUUUUGCUUCAGCUUUAAUGUGAUCAUAAAUAUGUGUGUUUAAAGUAGUUUCCAUCCAUCCUAUUUUACUUGUAUUAAUGGAUUCCCCUUUCUGCACCUAAUAUUUUCUACUAAUACUUCUACUAAUAUAGGGUUUGUUUUGAUAAUUUGUAUCUCGUUAUGCUAAUUUUUUUGGCGACUUGAGCAGACGCAUGUGUCAGGUUCUAUGCUGCUCGUAUAUCCUGGGACCAUCGAGUAAGUAACACAGUUGUUAGGAAACGGGCACUAGGUAAGGAUGGCAAAUCAAUUGAUGAAGUAGUGAAACUUCAUCAGUUGAGAUGGCUGGGACACGUGUUACGUAUGCCCAAUGACCGACUGCUUCGACGUGCGAUGUUCAGUGGUAUAGGAGUAGGUUUGAAGAAAGCUAGAGGCGGUCAAACCAAAACAUGGCACAAAUCCAUAGUCAUUGACAAGUGGACUGAGCCAUGUUGGUAGGUGUAGACUACCUGGUUGGGGACCACGAGAUGAUAGCAACCGAUGGUUAGAGACCCUGAAUGACAUGGCUCAAAAUCGUUUGCAAUGGCGCAGGUGCAUCCACUUUUUGCGUUCUCCCAAAUCCUAAUCUUCUGAAUUCUUCAUGUCUCUUUUUUUCCUCUUUCCAAAUUUAUUUCGCUGGAUUAUACUCUUUAAAUAACAUCUCCAAACCCUAAUCUUUCGGAUUACUGCUUAUACUCUUAUUACCUCUACCACUACGGGAUUUGAAUCGACAAGUGCAUCUCUGUGCUAAUGUGGUGUGGCAACUCGAACUGAUGUACGUGAGUACGAAGUUCUACGUUGUUACUGACUGAUGCUGCAUAUGAUAUCUCAUGAUUUUCUCUUUUCCUCUGUGUUGGUAAUAUGAGUGAUAAAUGAUUAUGUGGUGUGUAAAAACAUGAUCUAUACGUCUUCAUGUUAAGACAUACUUUUUUAUGUGACUCGUUUUUUUAACUUUUCGAGCAUGCUGUGUGUAAUCCGGUUCAUUAUAUCAGCUUAACAUUUAUAAUGUAGAAAAUAUUUCCCUAGUUUGAGUUUUCUAACAUAUACUAUUCUUCGUCCUGCCUGAUCACAUAUUCCGGUCUUCUGGUGUAUCUUUAGGUAUAUUCUAUGCUUCUCAUUAACAUAUUUUUAUAUGCGGCAUUUUGCAGACUUUCUUAUGGUCAAAAUGAUACUUCAUUGGAUUCAAUUAUUUUUUUUCAAUAUACCACUAGGCUCACUGACUACUGAUUUUGCAUUUGGUUUUGCUGUCAGAUUCAGAAACAAGAAAUCUGUAUCAUCUUCGUAAGCCCCCGAAUGCCCUGGUACGGCCGAGAGUGGGGAGAGUCCGCUCCCCCUCUCGAAAUGCUCUCACAUGGCCACGCGUAUAUAGCCUCUGCCAGGGAAGUCCUACUCACUGCCUUCUCGUGGCGGGGGUAUUGUUUACGAAAAUGAGAGGACGAAAAGCGAAUGUCUGGCGCUUUAACCGGAUUCCAAACCAAUGGUGCACAUGGGCUCCAAAUGGCGUAUGAACCAAUUGUUGGUCACCGGCUUCCAUGGGACUGCAUCUCCUUACGAUGCUCCACUGCCUUAUGGAUCAGACCUUCAGGUCGAAGGCUCGGGAAGUGGCCCCCUAAGAAAACCACCUGUUUCGGUUCGGGCACCUGGGCAGUACCACAGCCCUCACACAUAUCGAAUGAGAUUUGUGUGGCGCAUAUGUAUUUGGUGCCUCCUUGUGCCAAUAUCUUUGUGUUAAAAUAAAUAAAUAAAUAAUCAUCUUCGUAAAGGUUUUGUUUUUACUUGAUCUCGUCCGAUUUCUAAACCUAUAUUGAUAUGCGUAUAGAGUUCAAUAUCAAAUUUCUUGAAUACUAUUUUUCCUUGUCACGCUUGAUUUUAUCCAAUCUUAUUGUCGCAAAUUAUAAGUAAUGAAUUAAAUAGUCAGUGUCAAUCGUUGUCAAAAACGAUUAGUUUUAUCUGUUUGGGUGUGUAAAUUACAAACUUGAUGUUACUGUAAAGUAAUUUACAAGAGGGUUAUUUUAUUUGAGUGUUUUACAAAGUGUUUCUAAGCAAGUGUUUUUUUAAGAUUUCGCUGUUAUAUUUCAUCAAAUAACGACUACGAUAUCAAAUACUUUGUAGUUUUAACACUUAUUGUUCUUAGCUUAAUUAUUUAAGGUUGAUUCUAGUCCAAAGAUGUUUUUCCUGUAGGGAUUUUCUCGUGAAUUCUUUCAGUAUUGUGUAAAAAGUGUGCAUAUUGCACGUGUACCGCUGGAAUUAGUCUACCUCACCCAAUAUUGAGGGAUGCUAAAGUAUGUAAUACCGAUAGCGUCUGUCGGUAAACGGUUGAGUAGUUUACCUGCAGUAAUAGAUCGGUUAUGGUCACCAUUUGAUAGAGCGCCAUAGACAGUUUCCUAAUUACCGUCAUAGUAUGAAUAUGAAAAACAAAUAAUCAUUCACGCACAGAUCUCUUUAUGAUUUAUAUUAUAAAGUUUUAGGAAUAAGUAUUCGUACAAGACAUCAGUCAAUUUUAAACAGAAAUUAACUAUAGCGAAUUUAAAUGAAUCAUUUAAAAUUGUGUUACGUAGUUAAGUACAACAUUCUUUUUUGCGUUUAACAGCUCACAAAUGAUCGGAUUCUUCUUGAUCAAACAAGGUCAUAGAGACUACACGUUUUAAUGGCCUUACAGGACUUCUGCUGUUCUGAAAUUUCUGUAUUCUGAAUUUUCUAUUUGAGAGCUUAUCCCCCAUGUGAUAUAAGCCAUAGGUUGAAGAACUUGGGGACCAUGGAUCAUUGCCACAGUUUCAUUCAUUAUUUGUGUCUUACAUCUUGUCCAGUUUAUUACUCAUCAUUUUCCCUUAUUAGCUGGUACUCCAUGUUAUUCAUUUCUCUCGACUUUUUUGCGCUAUUCUUAAGUUUAAUGACACACAGGUAGUGUUCCAUAUUAGCAUGCUUAUUUACCUGUAAGUUCUGAUUUAGUAUUAAUGUUUGCUAGUAACAAAUCCAUAUUUGGGGUCCGCGCGAUUAGUGUAACCAAUUGUUAGAGAUGAUUAUUGACAUGGUUCACAAUCAGUUGAUAUGGCAUAGAUGCGUUCGCUGUUUGUAUUUCCUUGUAUUUUCUGUUUUGAAGUUAUCUUUUUCUUUUUAUUCCUCGAGUUCAUUCUCUAAGCUUAUUGCCGAUACCGAGUCUUUUUUUGUUACCACUGAUACUGUUACUACUUUCACUGUUCUGUCAAUCGUUAUGAUUACUUCAUCUUGUACUGAUGUAGUCAAUAUUUAUUAUUCACUGCCAAUCUUUAUUUUGUUGAUUCAUCCAUAUAUAUCAUGGUUUGUAGGUUGUGUAAAGAUUUAUGAUUUAUGUAAAAGAGAAUUUACUGAAAUAGAUAGUUAUAUUACACAGUUAUUCAGCGUGUGUACUAAUCGUUGAAUAAUUCUUUAGAUAAAUAUGUUUAAAGGUUUCUUCUAUUAUUGUUUAUGUUUUGUAAAUUUAAGCUAUUUACAUUGUAGGUCGAUAAGACUGGCUUCGUAAUCUAAUUUUAUAUUUUGGCCUAAGACCUGAUCUAAAGUAAUCAGUUUUUUUUGUUUAGUAUGUUUUAACUAAUGAACUUGUGAAUUAUUUCGUUAAUUUUAGUGUAAUAUAUGUGUGCUGUUAUCUUCAUUUUUAAUUUUAUUAGAUCAAUUUAUCUUAUUCUUUCAAAAUUAUUAUAUGUAUAAUGAUACUAGAUAUUCAUAUGUCUUUAUCUAACAUCAGACAGAAUAGUCAUUCUAAAGAAGUCUAAUUCUGGGUUCUGAGCUAUUCAUGUGUUACUAGUGUUAAGUAAUUACGUAGUGGUCGUCUUCUCAUGUUUAAAAAUAUCAAAUUGAUCAAACCAUGUCAAUUUUCUCAACUUCAUUUAAUAGCUCGUCUCAUCAAAUAACAUUCUGUUAUGCUUUCAAAAAUUGUAAUGUAAUUUUUUAAAAAAUACUGUAUGAUGAUUUAAAGUAUGACAUUCCUUCUAAAUGUUCGCGUCUUACAUCAUAUGUUAUUUAUUUAUUUAAAUACAUAAAUAUUGGUAAGAGGAGGCACUAAAUAUAUAUGCGCUACACAAACCAUCCGAUUUUUGUGAGGGUCGUAAUACUUCCCAGGCGUUCAAACCGAGGCAGGUGAUCUUCUUAGGGGACCACUCUCCGAGCCUUUGACCUGAAGAUCUAAUCUACAAGGUAGUGGAGCAACGUUAGGAAAUGCAGUCCUAUGGCAACCAACAAUAGGUUUGUAGGUCAUUUGUCCCCUCAGGAUCCUGGAGCCCAUAUGCAUCAUUGUUUUGGAGUCAGGGUUUUCUAAUUCCUCCAGAUGGACCCUCCGUGUCCACCAAUUCGAUUAAAGAGCUGGACAUUCAUUUUUCGUCCUAUCGAUUUCGUGAACAACACCUUCGUCACGAGAAGGCAGUAAGUAGGACUUCCCUGAGAUGGGUUGUAUACGCUUGACCAUGUGAGAGCAUUACUAGAGAGCGGACUCUUCCCACCCUCGACCGCACCAGGGCACACGUGUUUAAAUACAGUUUAUGUAUAUCUUGUGCCUAUAACACAACGAACUGAUAUUCAAUGUAACUGACUUUUAAUGCACCCAAAUAUUUUCCUCAUAAGUUGAAAAAACGUCAAAACGUGCCUUGUUUUUGUGUAGACACUGUUAGCAACCUACUCACUAGUGUUAAUGAAGUAGUCAGUAUUACAAUAAUGCCUUAUGUAUUUUGCGCAAAACUUAAAGUGUAGAGACGGAUAACUUGUAUACUAUUAAUAAAGUAAUUAUUGGAAAUAGUUACUCCUCAGAAUGCUUGAAAUCAACAAAAAAAUAUCUACUGUGCUAUCAAAAAGUAGAUUUAAUAUGGGGCUUAAACUAAAUUACAUAACAUGCUCGCUCGUAAGACAGACUGCGCGUUAAAGUACUUGAUAUGACGCAAUCCGUGGUCAAAAAUGCUUCGGAAGCUAGAUAGUACACUACCACUGUAAUCCUUACAUUUGAUUUCGGUUUCUCAAGUCUAUACAGAAGAGCUACGGAGCAUUGAAUCAUAGUUGAUAUCAGUUCGUGAUGAAAACCUUAGACCUGAUUUUUUAAAUCUAUCUCAGAACUCCAGUUUAACUCUUGAUACCUGACCCUAACCUCUUUGCAUUAUCGCUGGUGUCAGUUGUUGUCGAAGUCUCUAUAAAUUAAUUACCCUAACUCAACACUAACCUGAUUCUCCAUAUACAAACUUAAACUUUUUCUUCUGCUGUAAUAAUUCAAUAUGUGAGGAUUGGUUAUUUUCAUCAAAACCAUUAUUGCACUGUUACAGUAUUGCCUUCAGUUGUUCGUUGUUUUGUUACUAGGCAGCGUUUUCUGGUUAGCUGAUAGGUCGCUUAAGGUCGUCAGUUUAAUAUACUUUUACCUGGAAACCUUUUAAAUUUGUAAGUCAGUCACUACAACGUAUUUUGAGUAUGACCCACUGGAACAUCAAAUUUACAUAGCCAGAACAAUUUUUAGGUAGAUAUAUUAAUAUAACAUUUUAAUAUAUACGUAUAACUAGUCACGAAACAGCAUUAAACAUUUAGGGACAUACCGUUCAUCCGAACUGGGAGGUCACAUCACUGUAGCAAAAUCACACGUCAAAGGUACAUAUAAUAUGGAUGGUUAGCUAUGUAUCUAAUAUCUGCCCCACCUCAUAAUAUUAUCUCUAGUUAGUUAUUGUUUGUGGUUAUGAGUCAACUGUUUAAAAUUAACUCUAUUCACUCAAUCUCAAAUAAAAAUGGGUUGGACCUUACAUAAACCUAUGUACGUGAUCUGCAUCACAUUUGGUUGUUUCUCUGUUAAUUAUGUAUGGAUUGACCUUUCUCUUUAUAUUUGGUUAGAUAAUUUGAUGUUUCGGCUUGUUCAAAAUAUCCGGUAGGGAAGACACUAAAAUAAGAAAUGAACCACCUCACAUGUCUUUUGUAGCCAGUCUCGGCAAUCAGUCUUCGCUUAUCGAUAAUCUAUCUAUAUUUAUUAUGUACAUCGAUCAUUAUUCUGCAUUCUUCGACUUUACCUAAUAUGGAUUUAAAUUCCAGCCAGGACUGUUCUGUUUUAGAAAGUCAACUAUCAAUCCUGGUUUCUUCGUUCCUAGUUUUAUAAACAUACUUCGUAAUAUAGUGGUGUGUAGUAAGAAAUAUAUCUGAAAAUUCAAGUUAAAUGUUUCUCAUGAUUGUAGUCAUAUGCGAUUUGUUGACUUUAGAAUGAAUCUGUAAAACAUAAAUUCUGUUUCCAACAUUAUCAACGGAUUUAGCCAAAUCGAAACAAGGUUAUUCUUAAGUUUAUAACGAAUCUAUAUCUUUCAUUGAGUGUUUGUCGAUUAGAUAUUUCAAUUUGCCAGUUUGUGCGAUUCAGUAAACUUAAGGUUUUAAGAUUUCGUUGUAUGUUUUUCAUCAGAAACCUGAAAAUAUAUACAUUUACAUCCAGCAGUUUUUGUUUGGUCUAGAUUUCACUUAUUUCCGCCUUCUUUUGUAAGAUAAUCGACGAUAUAUUUGGUGGAAGUGUAUUUCAAAGCAGUACAUUUUUCGUCUGCUCUUUCAUCAUCGUGCUUUUUACAGUCAAACUCCUUUUCGUUUCUUUCAAAUUAGGCGGAACUGUCAGUUCGUCGCUGAAUAUCAAGUCUGUUUGCCGACCUCCUGGCCAGGCAGUCCGUGUACAGCAUUUACCACAUACCGAGGCACAUCCUCAUGAAGAAAACGUCACCGCUUCACUGGAUAUUGCUCAUAAUACUACAACAACUGAUGUUAGUGAAGAAAAUUCAAACAUUUGUCCUGACAAGUCUUUGAAAGCCUCAGCAAAGCCUAUCAGCUCAUUAGAAUCGUCCGCUCAUCAUUUUCCUCACACUAGGGAAUUUAUAGAACAACAUUCCUCGCAGCAUAAUGAGGAUACUUCCGAUGACGACUUUUAUGAUGCAGAGGAGGCUAAUUCUGAAUUCUCAAUAACUCUGCCUGAUCUUUCACCGAAUGAAUCGAAAAAUAAUGGGAACAAAGCCUCUAGAAAAACUUGCGGAAAUUUGGCUAGUAACAAAUCAAAUGAUAAUCAAACAGGCUUAAACAAUUCUCAAGAUGAAGACUCUAUAAUACCUGCUGGUUCUGAUAUUGCUGACGAAUAUGAAUCCGAUGUGGGUUUCACUGACGAUGAAGCAGAUGAAUAUACUGAUCAAAAUUCACAAUCGAAUCAAUUCGCAAAGCUACGUGAAGCACGUGUUAUACAACCUCGUAGUAGACGAUGUGGCAGUCGAGCUGGCACUUUAGUUUCAUCUGGUGAUUGUCGAAUGACACAGGACAUACCUACGACUGGGGAAUCUAAUAGUCGUGGUCAUUACCAAGCUGAUUCAGAACCGGAUGUAAUUAAAAAACGUCUACCUAUUGUUAGAAGACUUUCUAUACCUCCGAAACCUAAUAUAAGUUUGAAUUUAUGGAGUAUCAUGAAAAAUUGCAUUGGAAAAGAGCUGACAAAAAUCCCGAUGCCUGUCAAUUUCAGUGAACCUUUAUCAAUGCUUCAACGUCUAACAGAAGAUUUCGAGUAUUCCUCAUGCUUAGAUCAUGCAGCUGCUUGUCAAGACUCAUUGGAACAAAUGGCAUAUGUGGCUGCUUUUACUGUAUCCGCUUACGCUACAACUGCAGUGCGUACUAACAAACCAUUUAAUCCUUUAUUGGGUGAAACAUAUGAGUGUGACAGAACUGAUGAUUUCGGCUGGAGAUCGUUUGCUGAGCAGGUCAGUCAUCAUCCACCAGCAUGUGCUUUACAUUGUGAAAGCAAUGCUUGGUAUUGUUGGUUUGAUUUUUCUAUGACAACUAAAUUCCGUGGCAAAUACUUACAGAUUAAUCCAGUUGGUACAUGCCAUUUAGUAUUUCGUCGAACAGGUCAUCAUUAUACAUGGCAUAAAAUUCCACUAACUGUUCAUAAUAUCAUUGUUGGACGCUUAUGGAUUGAUAAUAGUGGUGAAAUGGAUAUUAUAAAUCAUAAUACAGGUGAAAAGUGUCAUCUCUCUUACAAACCUUAUUCAUAUUUUUCUAAUGAGAAACCACGUCGGGUUACAGGUGCUGUACUUGACAAGUCUGGUGAUGUACGGUAUGUUUUAAAUGGUACAUGGGAUGAUUCACUCGAGUAUGCACCUGUAGUGAGCACUAGACAUUCACGUAAUGGAAAACCAGUAUUGGAAACUGGGCCUGCACGUGUUCUGUGGCAAAGUAAUCCUUUACCACCUGAUGCAGAACGAAUGUAUUGUUUCACGCGUUUAGCAUUGCAGCUGAACGAACCUGAUGAGGAUGUAUGCCCUACUGACUCUCGUCUGCGUCCUGAUCAACGUCUUAUGGAAGCCGGUCGUUGGGAUGAAGCUAACAGGGCGAAAGUAGAACUUGAAGAACUACAGCGCCAACGGAGACGUCAAAUGGCUGCCGAAUUAGCCGCCCAGUCACUUGCUUCUAGCAAACAGGACGAAACGAGCGACACACACAGUAAAUCUGAAAGCUCUGUUUCUGAACAAUAUAACAGUCAAUCAAGUCCGUCUGCUAGUAACUUGCAGUCUAGGCAUGUGAAUACCAUUUAUGUUUUUUGUAUAAAUUCCAUUAUCAUUAUCACCGCUUGAUUACUCGUCAUUUCUGCAUAUAUGCACUGAAGAAUAGUUUCGUUUUUGACUACACUUUGGAACACAAAACAUGGGGAAAAUAAGA